AUGACUAAAACAUCAAACCAACCCGCUAACUCUGGGGAAGACCCUGAGCUGGUUAUAAGUCCUGUGACGGACGUGGAGUUGGCUGCCAUCUCAAAGGCGGACUCGAAAAAGACCGACCAAGACCCGUUCCUCGUUACCUUCAACCCAGAGUACGAUGAGGAAAACCCAAGAGACUGGCGCUCUGGCCGUAAAUGGGCAGUCACAGAUGUGAUUUCCGCCACUGGCUUCAAUCGCAUCAUGGUGUCCACCAUCAUGGCACCGGCCUUGUCCACCAUUGCCCAAGAGUUUGACAUGAACUCCGCCGAGUCAGUCAUGGCGCUGUCUAUCUACCUCCUCGCUACCGCAUUUGGUCCCCUAUUUAUUGGGCCAUUGUCCGAGAUAUACGGCCGUUCGGUGAUUCUCCAUGCUUCAAAUGUCUGGUUUCUUGUCUGGAACAUUGCCUGCGGCUUUGCCAAUUCUAAAGGCGUGUUGAUUGCCGCCCGUUUUAUGGCUGGGUUUGGCGCCAGCUCUGUCUAUGCGCUAUCUGCAGGCGUCCUCGGCGACGUCUGGAGUGCCGAACAGCGUGGCCGGUCAUUGGGUUACUAUCUGCUCAUCCCCCUGCUUGGUGCGGCGGUUGGUCCUAUUAUCGGUGGUUUCAUGGCGGCCCGUACUACUUGGAGGUGGAUGUUUUGGUCUACAUCAAUCUUCCAAGCCGUCAUGAUUGCCGUGGCAUAUCUGACCUUCCGUGAAUCAUAUGCACCGCUCAUCCUUCGCCGUCGAGCUGAAAGGCUCCGCAAAGAAACCGGCGACUCGCAGUACAAAACCCUAGAGGAGCGAGAGUACGGGCACAAGUCUGCGCUGUCCACCAUCUCCCGCGCCCUUUCUCGGCCCAUCCGGCUGCUUCUGUUUCACCCCAUAAUUCAAGUCACUGCGGCGAUAUCUGCGUUUAAUUACGGGAUGAUGUAUAUUAUCCUUUCUAAUUAUUCCGAUCUCUGGGUUCAAAAGUACGGCAUGUCCGUGGAGCUGAGCGGCCUGCAUUACCUCGCCAUUGCGCUUGGUGAAAUUGCAGGUUCCCAGUUGGGAGGGAACGUGAUGGACUACUUCUACAAAAGAAUUCACGACUCGCGAGGUCCCUCCUCCAGCGGUGAGCUUCAAGUCCCGGAGUAUCGCAUUCCGCUCAUGAUCCCCGGGGCUCUCGUGGGGCCUUUGGGACUCGUUGUGUAUGGAUGGUGCGCCCAGUAUAAAGUCCAUUGGAUAGUUGUUGAUCUCGCAAUCUUCGUCUACAUGUUCGCGUCGCAGACGUCUGGUAUGCCAUUGACAGCCUAUGUCAUUGAAACAUAUGGCAACCAUACGGCGAGCGCCACAGCAGCUUCUCAAUUCUUGAAGAGCUUGACUGCUUUCUUAUUUCCGCUGUUUGCCCCGAUCAUGUACCAGGCUCUUGGUUAUGGAUGGGGAACUACCACGCUGGUAUUUGCUGGACUAGUCAUUGGACUGCCUGCGCCUCUUGUCAUCUGGUUCUUCGGGGCGAAACUGAGGGCCAAGGCUCAAAGUAGUUACUGA